GCAAACUGAGAGCAGAGGGCAGAAUAACAUUUGCACAGAAACACAAUCCUUUAUCCCAGCUAUCACGUCCCUAAUGAAUGCAUUUGAACAUCUGCCCUCUUCUAAGUUUACAUCACUGUUAAGGGGCGGGGGGACCUCAUGGGUCUGACACACCUUCGUUUCCGAAAUGCAUCCGAGCUCCAGGGUCCAGCAUUCCAACAGGCCUCCCCCUCCUCCAACCACGCUGCUCUUACAACCUGCCUUCUCCCCCACGCCUCCUCUCUGCUUUUCCCUGUUUGCCAUGGGUAAAGAGGACAUUUGUUAGCAAUUAGGAUUGGAGGGAGAGAGCCGCACAUAUCUCAGCGAGGCUCCAAAGCCUCUUUGCCUUGUAACCAACCCCCCCACCCCACCCCAGAUUGGGGGCAGCAUCCACGAGAGCAGAGACUCCAGCAGGAGACAGCCGGCACACAGCGAAGCCACUUGCCCUGUUUUGAAAUAUCAAGGAAGUUUGUCUGGGCUGCAGCCCAAGAGCCAGAGAGAGAAAGAAGGGAGUGUGGCCGGCAGCGUGCUCUCGGCACACUGAAGGAGAAGACCAGUCGGGAAACUCCAGAAAGAAAGCGUGGGAUGCUGGUGCAGAAGAUGGACUCUAUUGCUGCCUUCGCGGGGCAGUGACCGGGUGAGUAGGGGUGGUGGCAUCGCUCAAUUCUAAAUGACAAAAAUAGUGUUAGUGGGAUUCUGUGGAACUGUAAAGUCCAUUCGCUGGACUGCUGGAAGGUAGAGCACUGGGAGGGUAGCUAUCUCGUUCUCUAAGAGCUAUGUUGAUGUUCAUUUCUUGGAGCCGGACAGCAGUGAUGUUGUGGAAUGUAGAGCAACGCUUUCAGAUCCAUCCUUAUGAUAAGAGACAUCUGGCAGAAUUAGUCUCUGGCUCGGAGGCCUGCUCCCAAAAGGUUCCAGCCUCAAUCCUGUCCCUUGUUUGUUUCACUAGAAACACCUUGGAUCUGGCUGCAGAACUCCUCAGCAAGAGGAUAAUGAAAGAAGGAGACCUCACUGGAGAAGAAGACGAGAUGCCGUCCUUCAGAUACCGGCCAAAUGGUCGGAUGAGGACCAACUGCAGCCAGUGUGAGAAGACUUUGACCCUCCAGACGUCUGUGAAGGUGCUGUAUGUCUUUGUCGUCCUGCUGAUCAUCGUUGUAGUUGUAUUGGCUGCCUUGGUUUUUAAGAAGGUGGACUCUAUGGUUUAUGAUGUUACCUCUGCUCAGACGUAUUAUGAGAAGAAAAUUGAGUCAGUCCAGGGGAACCUCCAAGAACUCGAUCAGAAUUCCCCGGGCAACUGUUCCUUUUGUCAUGAAACAGGCCAGCUGGGCCAGGAGAUCAGCAAACUGCAGGAAGAGCUGGAGGAGAUCCAGAAGAAACUCUUAGCCCAGGACGUGCUCCUCGACCGCACCACUCAAGCCCACCAAAAGCUUUCCUCAGCCAACAAGGAGAUCACCGGCGGGGUGGACAGCUGCUCUUCUGCCAUUCAACAGGUCAACCAGAGUGUGAGUCUCUUCCUGGCCCAGGUGCGAGGUUGGCAGGCAGUCACCUCUGAGCUGGGCAGUUCGCUGAAGGAGUUGUCGCAGGAGCGGUUUGACAUUGAGGCUGCUGUGCAGCAGAUGAACUUCACUGUAGGGCAGACCACUGACUGGAUCCACGUCAUCCAGAGGAAGACAAACGAGGAGACUCUGACUCUGCAGAAGAUCAUGUCCGAGUGGCAGAACUACACUCGUAUCUUUGGUGGUUUGCGAGCGACAUCUUCCAAAACAGGGGACUUGGUUAAAAGCAUCCAGACCAGCUUGGGUAUUGCUUCACAAAGGAUCAGCCAGAAUUCAGAAGGAAUGCAUGACUUGGUCCUCCAGGUGAUGAACCUGCAGUUGCAGCUGGACAACAUCUCCUCCUUCUUGGAUGACCACGAGGAAAACAUGCACGACUUUCAAUAUCACACACGGUACACCCAGAACCGGACAGCUGAGCGCUUUGAAACCUUGGAAGGCCGCAUGACCUCCCAUGAAAUUGAAAUCAAUACUAUCUUCACCAACAUUAAUGCCACUGACAGCCAUGUCCACAGCAUGCUCAAGUAUCUUGACGAUGUACGGCUGUCUUGCACCCUGGGCUUCCACACACAUGCUGAGGAGCUCUACUACCUGAAUAAAUCAGUCAGCCUCAUGUUGAGCACCACAGACCUCCUACGGGAACGCUUUAGUCUGCUCAGUGCCCGGCUGGACUUUGAUAUCCGCAACCUCUCUAUGAUCAUGGAAGAGAUGAAGACAGUUGACACUCAGCAUGGGGAAAUCCUCCGGAAUGUCACCAUCUUACGAGGUGUUCCUGGCCCCCCAGGUCCCAGAGGAUUCAGAGGAGAGCUUGGUGGAAAGGGACCCACUGGAAGCAGAGGACCAAAAGGCGACCCUGGGAAUAUGGGGCCACCUGGCCCACAGGGAGCCCGGGGUCCCGCAGGCACCCAAGGACCGCAGGGUGAGAGAGGAUCGGGGGGCCCAAAAGGCCUUCCUGGAUUCAAAGGCAGCAAAGGAAGCUUCGGACAGUCUGGUGCCAAAGGACAGGCAGGCCCAAAGGGUGAUGUGGGGCCUCCAGGGCCAGAUGGUUCACCUGGGCCAGCUGGACCUAUUGGGGUAAAAGGAGUUCCAGGGUUCCCAGGCAAACCAGGGCAACCGGGCCCAGUUGGGCCACCAGGGCCAAAAGGGGAUCCUGGGUUACGAGGCAAGCCAGGGUUACCAGGACCACCUGGACCUCCAGGACCAUAAGUUUGCCCCACAAAGGGACAGUAGUGGGAGUGGGCAGUGAAACAGCCAAAGACACCUGUGUUCCCCCUCUGGAAGGUGGCAAGAACAGCAGUCCAACAGAUGCCAGCCCUCAUCUCUCCUGCACCAAGCAGCCAGGACCUGUUUCCAGCAGCAGAUUUAGGAAAUCCUACUUCCUGCACUGGGGAAUCAUCAAGGGCCAAGACCUGCUGCUGCUGCUGCUGCUGCUGCUGCUGCUGCUGCUGCUGCUAUCUCACUUGGUUUGAAGCACCUUCAUCCCUUUGCCCCUUCCUACAAGACAGACAAAGCCGGCUCUGCUCCUUGUAGCCAGACCGGAGGACCUCUUUACUCCCGCUGUCCUUGGGCAUGGAAAUCUUGCAGAUGUUCCAGAGGCAAAGUUAAACUUCUUGAUAUGUACAGAUUUCACUGUGUCUGUGAACAUAUGCAUAAAAAGGUUGCCAUCUUAUUUUUCCUGGCCCUGCAUUUACGCCUUUAGUGCAGAACCUUAUCACAUGAUGCUUCUCCCCUGACUGGUUUCCAUGGCUGCCGACAGCAUUUCUCCAUGCCAAGUUGCUACUGAAGGCACAAGUGGAGGGCCACUAAUAAAAGUUGGCAUCAUUGCAGAGGCAUAGCAAGGGGGGAAAGCACCCGGUGCAUUGGUGCGUCCUCCGCCCAUGCCAUGCCAUGCCCCCAGAACCCCCCCCCCAGAACGCACUUGCCACACCCCACAGGGCCCAGUGCGUCACCACCACCACCACCCCCCACCAUCCCCUUGGAGCUACUCCUCUGCAUCCUUGCUACGAGCAGGUUCACAUUCUGUUUUCCACCUCGCUUUGCACUCAACGGAAUACAUAAAGGGUAGGCCAGUUAGGAAGGGGCUGUUGCUCAGUGGUAAGAGCAUCUGCUUCGCUUGCUAAAGAUCCUUCUUUCAGUCUUGGGCCAUCCUCACGCAAAAUGAUCUCAGAUAAAGACUGCCUGAGAUCUGCUGCCUGUCAGAGGAGACUGUACCAGGCACAGCGGAUCUAGCUCUGAAGAAGGAAGCUUCAUGUCCUCAUAAACAGAUUUUGCCCUGGCAAGUGAAGAAAUUGGACACUGCUGUACCAGAAAGGAAGAGUAUCAAUGCCAGUGAAAGGAAGAGAGGCAAUGGGUGUGACUUGGUUGUUCAUUUUAUUUUGUAUUUCAAGAUGUUGUAGAAACCAGAUUUUAUACUCCAGAAACUAUUUUGCAUUGGGUGAAACGCUGAUCUCUGUCUCUCCAACGUUGCUUCUGCACUAGCCUUUAGUUUGGAAUUGCCAUGAUUCAUCCGCUCAGUUUUAACAGAUGAUGCCAUUUUUUAACUGCAUUUCCACAUGUUUUCAGAUCUGUUAUGAGGCAGUUUUUUAAAAUAUAAAAGCAAUUCGCAAUGUGAGGCAUCCAGCCGUAGACUGACAAAGCACUACUGAAACUUCCUGAGUCGACUUUCUCUUUAUUUUUCCCUCCUACUUCCAGAUUAAUCAGUUGCUUCCCAUUUAGAGCCUGGCUGGUCCAGCCAUCUCAUCCAUGGAUGCAUAAAUAUUGCUUUUCAUUUUGUAAUCAAAGCUACUUUCGUUAUUUUUAAUUGUAGGUUCAUUAUUGCACUAGACCAACAAUAAAAAUAUUUUUUAAAAGUAGCAAAUAGUGGCAUUGCCUGCAAGGAGAAAGGCAGUAUUUACCCCCCCCCCCCCCAAUAAUUAAUAAUUCAUUCAGGAAAGAAAUGGCUGCUUGUGUGGAGAACAGACAGUAACUAAAACAAAGGAACAAACGGAAAACUGCAAGAAGAAACCAAACUUUGGUAUUCCAUGCUUACUUCAAACAUUAUAGUAGAAUCUUGCCUAUCUGGACAAGCUUUGUAGAAACUCUAGUUUUGAUUCCACUUGGCAGCUGAAUAAGGAACUGCGUCUGAGUUGCACAAAAAGCGGAACCCGCUGGAAGGACCAAACAUUAUCUCUUAGCCUCAGUUCCUGAUCUGUAAAACGGAAACAAUAAUGAGCUCCAUGAGCAGUGAAAAAACAUUCAAAGUUUGAAAGCAUCCCAAGACCUUACAAAAGAUGCUUGGGGCAUGGUGUUACUGUUGAUGCUGGAGGUCUCAUGUUCACCAAAACUCUUUUGGGAGGCGCAGGGUAAGGUUUCCCUCUUCUUCAUGUCUGCAAAGGAGCUGCUCCAACCUCUGACUGGCUUAAUGGCUAGAAUGAAGGGUAAAUGGCGAGCUUCCAGCCCAACCGGCCCCUGUGUGAAUUUGCUUAGGGUCUGGAUUUCAAAACUUCACAUUUGUGCCCUGUAGUUCAGAUCAGUUGGUCUCCUCCUCUGCCGCUCUGAAAGUUACACAGAGCGUGUUGGUUCGUCUUUCCUUGAGCCUUAUAAUCAGGCUGCCUGAUCCAGCUCUUCUUACAACACUCUGUACAUCCAGGCAAAAACUUACAUCUGUCAUCAUCUGCUCUCUUCUAGUCUAGAUCAGGGAGGCAAGCUGUGAACAUGUUCAGCAAUUUAGCACCCUCCAGUCCACCCAAUCUGGGGGGUGGGGCUUGCAGUGACAUGUAAAUGUCAAAGCCCUAUUUAUGGCUAACUAAUUACACUAUACAUUUUUCAGGGGAGGGGAGGAAUAGUCCCUCUGGUUAGGAUCACUAAGUGCACCUGGAUCCUUAAUAGCUUUCAGAAAUUAAAUCCUCUUGAUCCUCUUUGAUCUGAGAUUGCAAAUGCCUUAACAGUCCAGGUGCUCGGGAGCAACAGCCGCAGAGGGCCAUUGCUUUCACAUCCUGCAUGUGAGCUCCCAAUGGCACCUGGUGGGCCACUGCGAGUAGCAGAGAGCUGGACUAGAUGGACUCUGGUCUGAUCCAGCUGGCUUGUUCUUAUGUUCUUAUGUUCUUAAAUCAGUUUCCACCAUAACCUCCAGAGCCCUGAGGUAUCUCAUUGUUCCAAACAUUUUGGGCCAGAAAAAGAUCCAACAAUAUUCAGGUGUCCUGAGUAAGAUGCAAGCGCCAAUCUAAUCUUCUGGGCUGAAUUGGCAGAAUGUAUUCAAUUCCAGCCAUAUCCUUUCCACACAACAUGGAGAGAGGUGAUUUUCUAUCAUUUUCUAUCCUGCUUCCAUUACAAUAAUCCACAGGCGGAGAAAGCAAUUGUUACCAACAGCAGUACUGGCUGGGGAAGCCCCUUAGUUGGUCAAAUGUAGCCUGCAGGACCAGCAUAAAAUGUGGGUGCACCAUACAGCCAGGACAUUGCAUCUCUGCAAUAUUGCAAGAGAUCCAGAUAAUUGUUUAUUUCUCAGUUCUUACCUCUAACAUGUUGCUGCCUCACCCACAGGCCUAAAAGACUACUGUACAAUCUCAUCCAGCCAGUACUCUGAUGUCAGCUAUGUGAAUGUUGCAAUUGGUUGCUGUGCUUCCCAUUGUAUGUGUGUGUGUGUAUGCCCAUUUGCUUAUGUAGUUGUGUGCAUUCAUUCCAUGGAGCAGCUGGUUUGCGUCAUCUUUCCCCUUCUGCUGCAUAACUCUGUUAUCUAUCUACCAUAUGACAACCACAUGUAUAAUUCUCAGACCAAUAAAGUUAUGAAUGUGCAGGUGUAGAAAAA